UAAACAAUAGAGAUCCAUUUGAAGCACUCUUCACCAUUUUGAACCAGUACCUUUCUGAAAUUCAACAUGGUUUCAAGGCUGGUUAUAAUCACACUUGUCCUCGCUCUCGUCUUCGUCUUGCCCUUCGCUCAGGGAAAUCAGAUUUGGGUUGGUUACAAAGGAACGAAAUUCACCCUUUAUGAACUUGGAUGCUGGAAGGACAAACCAUUUCCCAAUCGCGCACUUUUAACGCUCUACCACAACGCCCGCCACAACAUAGACUGGAGCAAAUGGCCUGACAUGUCUGACAUCAUCGCGGAGUGCGCAUAUUGGGCGAAAGUGCUGGGCUACGAAUAUUUUGCUGUUCAGUUCUACGGAGAGUGUUGGGGUUACAAGCCUAGGCCUUCGCGAUACAUGAUCUAUGGGCGCGCGACCAACUGCGUUAACGGCGUGGGAGAGCACUGGUCGAACUUCGUCUACAGUUUCUCCCCGUAAGACGGGGACUGGCUACCUCGACAAGCCUACUGUGAUCAGGCAGUCCACGCUUGGCUACUGCAAUAAGGGGACUAUGCUAACAUAAAACUCAUAAAAUGGGUAGGAAAAUGGUGAUAUAAUAACCAUGUAUUCAAUAUACAAUUAAGGAGAACAUUUCAAACAAGCCAGUCGUCACUUUUUUGUGAUGAUCAAAGCCAGCAAGCAGAUGAGGUACUUGAGCUACUCUAAUAAUAAGAAAAUAAAGAUGGAGAUAUAAAUGUA